GCCUUUGCGCGGUGCAGCCACUACUACUCACUUCUGGCUCGCUCCCAUCUCUUUCAUCUCUUUUUCCCCCACAACUUGUCCCGCGCCAGAAUGGACACAUUUCCCCGCGGUUUGUUGUUUUCUCCAGUGUGAGUGAAGGACGUCGUAAAGCGGGUGAGCGGCUGUAAAUUGGGUAUGUCUUUGGGCGUCAGACGGUGAAUGUUUUUACAAUUGGUGACUGCAGAAAUUUCCAACGCGCGGAGAGAGUAGGAGACAGAGCAGACCCUCAGCCGUGCGCUCUUGGAGACAGAGGACUCGGAGAGGAAGAAUGGGCUUAUGGAAGAUGUUGUUUAGCGUUAGAUUUUGAGUAUUUUCUUGUUUUGGUUGACUAAGUUUGAACGAAAGUCAGACGAGUGAAAGCUGGAUUGAUUUCUUAAUUGAUUGUUUUCGUUGGAGUGGAAUCCAUGCACCGAUAAGCUGAUACGGGGCCAAUAUGCCAGAAUGGGUCCUCUACACUGUAUCCUUCUCUAUGGACUUCUAUGCACCCAAACACAAGGGUCUCGUGUACGUCAAGAGGACUCCCCCCCUCGCAUCGUGGAGCACCCCUCUGACCUGAUUGUGUCCAAAGGGGAACCAGCCACCCUAAACUGUAAGGCAGAGGGACGUCCCACGCCCACGGUGGAAUGGUACAAAGACGGAGAGCGCGUGGAGACAGAUCGCGAGAACUCACGCUCACAUCGAAUGCUGCUGCCAAGUGGCUCCCUCUUCUUCCUCCGCAUCGUCCACGGCCGACGGAGCAAACCUGAUGAUGGCACUUAUGUGUGCAUCGCUCGCAACUAUCUAGGAGAGGCCGUGAGCCGCAACGCUUCUCUGGAAGUCGCAUUGCUGAGAGAUGACUUCAGACUGAACCCACAGGACGCGGUGGUGGCCGUCGGAGAAACUGUGAGUCUGGACUGUCAGCCACCGAGAGGCCACCCCGAGCCCACCACCUUCUGGAGGAAAGACAAGAGCAGAGUGGAUCUCAAAGAUGAUAGGGUCACGGUUCGUAGCGGGAAACUGACUAUCGCUAACGCCAAGAAAUCCGAUGCUGGAAUUUACGUGUGUGUAGCUGCUAAUAUGGUUGGUGAAAGAGAGAGCGAAAAAGCCCAGAUUUCUGUAUUUGAGAGGCCUGUGUUUGCGCAGCGCCCCGUGAACCAGGUGGUGUUGGUGGAUGAGAGCGUGGAGUUCAGAUGUCAAGUCCACGGAGAUCCUCCUCCUACUCUGCGUUGGAAGAAAGAGGAUGUGGACAUUCCCCGUGGCAGGUACGACAUCAAAUAUGAGAAAGAGGAUUUCGUGUUGAGAAUAAAAAAGGCAUCCGUGAGCGAUCAGGGGACGUUCACCUGUCAGGCUGAAAACCGCGUGGGGAAACUAGAAGCCUCUGCCUACCUGACCAUUCGAGCUCGCCCUGUUGAGGCGCCUCAGUUUGUGGUGCGACCCCGCGACCAGAUUGUGGCACAAGGACGAACAGCCGUGUUUCCCUGUGAGACCAAAGGCAAACCUCAGCCCACUGUCUUCUGGCAGCGUGAGGGCAGCCAGGACCUUCUGUUCCCUAACCAGUCGACGCAGGGGGACAGCCGCGUGUCUGUGUCUGUGAGUGGAGAGCUCACCAUCUCCUCUGUGCAGCGCUCAGAUGCAGGUUACUACAUCUGCCAGGCCCUCACUGUGGCUGGCAGCAUCAUGGCAAAGGCCCAGCUGGAGGUAGCAGACGCCCUGAAGGACCGCCCACCUCCUAUAAUCAGACAAGGACCGUCCAAUCAGACGCAGGCGCUGGGAGGUGUGACUGUCCUUAGGUGUCAGGCAUCAGGGGACCCCGAGCCCACUGUGACCUGGAGGAAGAAUGGGGCAAGUCUGCUGGGCAAAGACCCGCGCUUUUCACUGCUGGAGCAUGGUAGUCUGCAGAUUCAGAACACAAAGCUCUCUGACUCUGGAUUAUACACCUGCUUGGCUACCAGCUCAAGUGGUGAAACCUCAUGGAGUGCCUACUUGGAUGUCAGAGAUAUUAUUUCUCUUGCAGAAUCUACUGAUCUCAUAGACUUCAUGGCCCACAACGCCACGGCUCUCCCUGGUCCACCCUCAAAGCCAGAGGUCACUGACGUUACCAAGAGCAGCAUCUCGUUGUCAUGGGAACCGGGUCCGGAGGCAGGCUCCCCGGUGUCCUCCUAUGUCAUCGAGGCCUUCGGUCAGUCCGUGAGUAACAGCUGGCAGACAGUUGCAGACCAUGUGAAAACCACUGAGUUUACAGUGCGGGAUCUACGGCCCAAUACAGUCUAUCUGUUCAUCAUCAGAGCGGUCAACGCACAAGGACUCGGAGACCCCAGUCCUAUGUCUGAGCCUGUGAGGACACAAGACAUCAGCCCCCCAGCCCAGGGCGUGGACCACCGGCGAGUGCAGAAAGAGCUGGGAGACGUGGUGGUCAGCAUGCACAACCCUGUGGUGCUCAGCUCCACAGCAGUGCAGGUCACAUGGACUGUGGAGAAUCCGUCGCAGUUUAUCCAAGGAUACCGCGUUCUGUACAGGCAGACAUCAGGGCUGCCCUCCCCAGGGCCGUGGCAGAUCCAGGAUGUGAAGGUGGCCUCUGAGAGAGACAUCACACUGAGCGGGCUGAAGAAAGGCAUCGUAUAUGAAAUUAAAGUGAGGCCAUACUUCAACGAGUUCCAGGGCGCCGAUAGUGAGUCCAUGACAGCUCGCACCAUGGAGGAAGCUCCCAGCGCCCCUCCCCAGCAAGUGGUAGUGUUGACAGUGGGCAGCCACAACAGCACAUCCAUCAGCGUAUCCUGGGACCCCCCUCCCUCAGACGAACAGAACGGCAUCAUCCAGGAGUACAAGAUCUGGUGUUUGGCCAACGAAACCCGCUUCCACGUCAAUAAAAGCGUGGACGCAACCAUCCGUUCAGUGGUACUCGGGGGGUUACAGAGCGGGGUGCAGUACCGCGUGGAAGUGGCGGCUGGGACCAGCGCUGGAGUGGGGGUCAAGAGCAAACCCCAGCUCAUCAUCUUGGGUGCAGAGUUACGGGAUGUAAUGACUGGAUCAGAGGGGAACAACAGUAUCUCUGACGUGGUGAAGCAGCCCGCCUUCAUCGCCGGUCUGGGAGGGGCCUGCUGGAUCGUCCUUAUGGGCUUUAGUGCCUGGCUUUACUGGAGGAGGAAGAAGAGGAAGGGCCUAAGCAACUACGCAGUCCAGUCCUUCACCUUCACACGUGCAGUGACAUUCCAACGAGACAGAGGCUUGAUCAGAAAUGGAAGUCGUCCCGGUCUGCUCAAAGCUGGAGACCAAGGCCUGCCCUGGUUGGCUGAUUCCUGGCCUUCCACCAGUCUCCCAGCCAAUGGGGGUUUGGGCAGUCCAAAGAGCAGCAGCAACUUUGGCCGUGGAGAUGUGUUGCCGUCCGUGGAGAAGACUGGCACCAUGCUGUCUGACGGUGCCAUCUACAGCAGUAUCGACUUCAUGGGGAAGGCGGGUUAUAGCAGCCCAGCACGCGGCGGUCAGCCCACCCCCUACGCCACCACUCAGAUCCUGCAAUCCAACAGCUUCCACGAGCUGGCUGUGGAUAGGCCAGACCCCCGCUGGAAGGCAUCGCUGCAAGCCCAGCAGGAGAUGGCCAACCUGGGCUACUCACUCACUGACAGACGCCCUGGCACUGGUGCAAAGGUUGGAAAAAAGAAGAAACUAAAAGGUGGAACUAAGAGCUCCAAGUCCAAUGGGUCGUGCUGGGCCAACAUGCCUCUGCCUCCACCACCCAUGCACCCGCUGCCUGGUACUGAGGUUGACCUUGACCACUACCCCCAGGAAAACCACGGAGGAGGCUAUGACACUAACAGUUGGGCCCCACCCAUGUCCAUCCAAACCUACCGUCACCAGAAUUUAAACACUGAGGGAGAGGAGGAGAGAGGGCCCACUCCUCCUUUAAGAGGUCGCUCUUCGUCUCCUGCAGCUCCCUUCAAACAGCCCUCGUCAUCCUCGCUCAGCUCUACUCACCACGAGGAAAUGCAGUCCAUUCUACAGGCACACUUAGACGAGCUGACACGGGCCUACCAGUAUGAGGUCGCUAAACAGGCAUGGCACAUGAAGAGCAGCCCAAAUGUCUCCAACACGCCGAUCCCGCCCAUGGACUUCCUCUCCAGUACGUUGGGAUCAGAGGUUGGAGCGACGCUGUUGUCUGAGGAAGAAGAGGAGGAGGAGGAGAGAUAUGCCGUGGUGUCCAAAAACCUGUUUGACUACACACCUGGGCAUAGCACAGAAAACCUGGAAGAUUCAGGUAAACCCUCUCAUCAGAGCCGCGGGGAUAGCUCUGGCCUCUCAGACCACAGUUCACAGAACACACAGAGUCUCAACCACCAGAGGGCGCCUGUCUCCAGCCACAAGCCUACAGAGAAAGUUGGGACUUUGCCAAGACGCCGGGACGCCAACACAGAUGCAGCUGCCAAGGCCCUGCACUCUGUGGGGUCCCGUCUGAACAGCUCGUGGAAUAGCGCCUCCUCAGACCCUUCAGAGGAGUGCAUGGUGACAGUGUCUACGCUGGAGAGGCAGCAUAUGGGACCCUGGGGUGGGACGGGUGCAUCGGGCAGAGCUACACUGGGCAGGGGGUCCCACAAGAGACCCUCGGAGCAGCCAAUGAACGGACUCCCACCAAACAGCACAGAGAGACAGAGGGAGCACUAGUCCUGAUGAAGUACGUUGGCCUGAAGUCGCUGCCUGCCGCGGGACACACAGCUUGUUUAUAGGCGCCCCCUGUCCCCUGUCCUCAGCCUGACUGAUGCAGACAGGAGCGCGCAGAGACACAGAGACAGAGCUGUAAAUGCCAUGUACAGACACACACACACGCCAUCACACCCCCUCCCCUCCUGCAACAGAGUAUGUUAUCAUGUCUUCUACUUCCUGUCACAUGGUGUGUCACUACGUGGAGUUGAUGAAGAAAAUCACUACGAAAUUAAAUGGACUUGCAUAAUGUGUACAUAAUUUUGUAAAUGGUUUUCUUUUGCUUUGCUAUGCAAGCCAAACCCGAUGUGUUCUUCUGUUGUGAUUUAUUACUGUGAAAUUUCUUUUUGUUUUAUUUUAUUCAUGCGCAAACUGUUAGCUUACUUUAACGAAGCUACUGUAUUGUUGUAUUUUGCACAGAGCAUUUUUGGUGAAAAUAAGCACAAGCUCAUUGAGGAAAAGAAUCAUAAUGGCAAAUCUAUGAGGGAAAUCUAUGGACUCUAUGGACAGUAUACUGUUUACUGUAUGGCACUGGGUCAUUGUUUGGAACAUUUUUUUAAACAAAGGGAGAAAAUUUUGGUUUAUGAAAUGCCAAAUUAAACUGCUUGGUGGGAAUCCUAUAUGCAUUGUACCAGUGGUUCUCAACAACGAAAGCAACGCAAGUAUAAUGAUCCAAAGUAUUGCCAUAAAAGUAUAGAGUUCUCUGCCGUUUCCAAGAGUAAUAAUAUAUAUAAUAUUUUAAUUUUAAUUAUACUUUACAAUUGCAAUGAAGCUGAUAAUUGUGCAAUAUACUGUAUUAAGAACACAAAUGUAAAGACAGUGAGAAAGAGAUGGCAGAGAGAUUGCUCAAAAUGUUAUGAGGUGUGACCCAAAAAUGAAUAAUUCUUCUCUAUGUUCACUAUAAGAUGUAGUCUUC